AUGCUCGCCCAGGAGAACGUAGCCCUAAUCUCGGGCCAAACCACACCUAACACUUCCCACUCGUACUCUACCCGCAUUCGCAGUAACUCGUCCAUCAAACCGCCCGCCCGACUUCGCCAAUCUCCAGAAACACCGCUCCAACCCCGCAAAAUACGGCCAAAUGCACCACUACUGCAGAAGGCCACUGUGGCCACUCCCGCCGCCACCGACAAGGCGCCACCGUUGCCGGCAGGAACGCCCGACUUUCCACCUCCCCACGUCACCUUGCAUCCUGAAGACUCGUCCAGCAAGGUCUUCAUAGCUAUCGGCCGCUCUUUCCUUUCAGUGGACAAUCGGGCCAUGACAAUCAAAGAUCUGGCAGAGAUGACAUUGAAGUACGGCCUAAUGUGCCAAAACGUCUCUGCCGCCGGUCAGGCAAUCACGACCUACAUUCGCAACCAUAUGCAGCGAUGUGAAGCGGAACAGGAUCACCCGCUGCUUUCUCGACACGUUCUAUCUGGCACACCUUCGGACGAUGAUCUGGUCCCUGCACUCCACUCUCGUUCGGGCGGAGCCCAUUGCGCGCUAACUCCUGGUGACACGCGUACUACCAACUUUCGUCGUGGCACUUUGGUGUGGUUCUUGUCCAAAGCUGCUGGCGCCCCAUGCCCAUUCGCGCGUGCCGGCAUCCGUCUAUCUGAGUACACCGAGGAUGGAAAAGUCGGUAUCACCGCCAGCGGACCUCGCGAUCGUAAACGGGAACGCGAUCGCAGACGCCGCGCUCAAACGAGCGCACAGCUCUGCGGUCAAAAGCGCAAGCGGCUGUCCCGUGGCUGUAAAGCUGAUGGUGCAGAGGCUGGGGCAGAGACUGAGGAGGAGCAGGACCCUGAUCCGCGCCCACCGAAGGUCAAACUCACGCUUCGCCUCCGCCCAAGUCUCGUGCACGCUUCUUCGUCAUCCAACUCACCAUCAGUCACACCUUCUAUUUCUGCUUCGCCGGCGCCUACGCCCGUAACUGUGCCCACGCCGCCUGUAUCUAGGGAGACUUCCGAGUCGCCCGACGAGGACUACAUUGUGUCCAGUAGCGAUGAGUCUGACGAUGGCGACGAGUCUGAGGGCGACAUGUCCGUAGACGGCGACAGCGAAAGCGAUAGCGGCUCCGAGGCUUCUUCUGAUUCUGGACUUUACGCCAACCAUCCAGACUCUGCCUUCUUUCGCAUGCCUUCCCCGUCUUCAUUCGCACUCCGCCAUUCUCGAUCGCCCUCCGUCGCCUCCCCACCACCUGAUUCAGACGUCGAUCUCGCUCAUGUGGACGACGACGACGAUAUGUUCAACUGGUCCGCCGACGAGGACGAGCAGGCGCAGCCCAGGGAAACUAUCGAUCUGACCAUCGUCAAAGAAGAAGUCGACGAGGACGCCAUCAGCAGCAUGCUCGCCGCAUGGGAUACGCGUGACCUCGCGGAGUCUUCUGCAGCCGUCAUCCAGGCCGUCGCCGCUGCAGCGGCCAAGGCGACUGAACAGGAAGCCGCCGCCGCCGCAUUCAUUCCGAAGACCGAGGAGGUCUACAUCAAGCGCGAGGAGAUCGAUACAUGGGACUUUGCCGAUUUUGGCGCCCCGGCACCGGCCGCCGCAUCUACUUCGGCAGCUGCCGAGGAAGAGGAGGCAGAGCAGCAGGAGGAGUGGGAGGAGAGCGUCGUGUUCAGUCCUGUUGAGGAGCUCGGCAAUAUGCGUUGGGGCUCCGCCAGCACGUCCUCCUGGGUCCCUCAAAACCCCGCAGAUUCCGGGCGCCGCUUUUCCGAAUCUUUCGCGAUCGCGUCUUCGUCCGCUCCUGCGCCGCUUGCGAAGCCUCGCAGGAUGAGCGAGCUUCUGUGGCAGGACGCGGAGAUCCUCGGGCUCGAGACUAUUACUGCUAAAGAGCUCGAGGAGGGAGAUUGGACGCCUACUGCAGCUGCUACAGGUCCCUCCACGUGGGCCGGUGCCGGGAUGGGCGCUCGUCGGUCGGCGUUUGCCGCGCGUCAGCCUAUUAUGCCUGUGCAUCCGACGAACGUGUUCCCGCCCACGCCGACUACCGCUACAUUUGGCCCUCCACAUACGCCCCUUCGGCCGCCUGCUGAGCUCGGUGUGCCCGCGUCCGCGCCGUCGCCCAGUGCGAUCAGCGAUGUGUCGCAGGACGAGCCCGGUCCGCGUACGCCGCCGCCCACCGCGCAUGCUGCAUUGCCCGCCGUAUGGAGCUCAUCGCCUGCUGAUGGCUCCACACCGUUCAACUUCGGCUUUGGCAAUACGCAUUUCCCCUCCGUCGGCGAGCCCAGCAGUGCGAGAGCGAGCGUUCCGGCCAAAAGGCGCGCUGCUUCGCCUAUUCCUCCCCUUGCGCACGACAUGGACGUUGAUAUGGGUGACCAUGCCGUCGACGAUGAAGUUGCGCGGAGCGCAGAGCUGCUCAAACUCGUUCCGCCUCUUCCUCCUCCCUCCGUCAGCCCCGAAGACACCGACCCACUCUCUCCAGCCGAAGAAGCCGUGUUCGAUCAGUUGUGCGCUGUACCCGACUUUUUCGACGCGCCUGCACCAUCAUCAUCAGCCCCACCUCCGCCCUCGCCUCGUACGACGCAUGAAGUCGACGAUGCUGUCGUUGGCGAGCUCGAUGAGAAUGAGCAUGAGGAGGAGACGGCAGAUGUGGGCGAGGUUGAGAGGCCGUUGGCGUUGAGGAGGAGCAGGAGGGUUGAGGCUGCUAAGCAGGAGGCGGAGAAGAAAGCCAAGGCCAAGGCGAGGAAGGGGAGGACUGCGAAGAGGCGCGGUUGA